UAUUCUUGGGUCAUGCCAAUAUUCUCUGUUUAACUGUUAUCUGCUUUCCUUCCUUCUUUUAUGGAACUUUGUUGAUAUAAAUCGAACCCGAAUCGGUUGAAGCAGAAGCCACGGUCGCCAUGACUUGUUUUCAGAAGCAGGCCUCCUUAUUUGUUCUUAAAUGGACCUUUGUUUUCUGGCUUAAUGCUGUGUCCAGUUUUGCAGAGCUUCAGAGGUUUACACAUCCAGGAAAGGGUGAUGGGACCCUUAGUUUCUUGGCUGUUGGAGAUUGGGGCAGGGACGGGCUGUACAACCAGUCUGAGGUUGCUUUUCAGAUGGGAAGGAUCGGAGAGGAACUAGACUUAGAUUUCGUAGUGUCUACAGGUGACAACUUUUACGACAAUGGAUUGAAGGCUGUAAAUGAUCCAGCAUUUCGCGAGUCGUUUUCAGAAAUUUACUCCUACAAGAGCCUUCGAAAGCCAUGGUACAGCGUUCUGGGGAAUCAUGACUACAGAGGAGAUGUAAAGGCUCAGUUGGACCCCAUUCUCAGAAGGAUCGAUAGAAGAUGGUUUUGCUUGAGAUCUUUUGUACUCAAUGCAGCAGAAAUUGCAGACUUCUUCUUUGUGGACACGACGCCCUUUGUUGAUGCCUACUUCAAUGAGCCAGAAGACCAUAUAUAUGAUUGGAGAGGAAUAUAUCCUCGUGAGACGUACGUUUCCAAUCUUCUAAAGGAUUUGAACUCAGCAUUGAGAGAGUCAACUGCGAAAUGGAAAAUCGUCGUUGGCCACCAUUCAAUCAGAAGUGUAGGUCAUCACGGUGAUACUCACGAACUUGUUCACCGGCUCCUUCCGAUCCUUGAGGCCAACAAUGUCGAUUUUUACAUGAACGGGCACGACCAUUGCCUUGAACGGAUCAGUUGCCACAAUAGUCGGAUCCAGUUUCUAACCAGCGGAGCUGGUUCCAAGGCAUGGAGGGGUGAUGAAAAAUUGCGCAACGAUUGCACAGUGCAUUUCUUCUACGACGGUCAAGGUUUCAUGUCAGUGCAACUGAGUAGCACCAACGGCCAAAUGCGUUUCUACGAUGUUGACGGGAAGGCGAUGUAUCAGUGGAAUGUCACACGGCAGCUUCACUUUCACUCAGAGAUGUGAUUUUUGGUUUCGACACGUCCAUGAAUAUUCUGUGAAUAAAUAUAUACCUAGUUAGCUC